GCGCAUGAACGCUUUUUGGUGUUGCAGCAGUCGCGUUUCCACACGUUUUGUUGAAAAUAUGUAUUCCAAAAGCUUCCUGGUUUUUCUCUUGGCCGGUGUGGCUCUGGUUGCAGCCAGGCGCGGAGGACCAACAAACAAGCACCACCACGAAAACAUCCAGAAAAUCAAGGAGCACUUCAGCAAAAACAAUCUACACGGUGCCAAAUGGGUACCAGCGGAGAACGAGUUCACCGGCAUGGACCCCAGCGAACUGAAGAAGCUGUGCGGAACUAGACGCCCAACGAAGGAAUCCACGGCUAGUGAUCCUCAUUUGGCAGCAGCUCCGUCCGUCAAGCGGGUGGCCCUGCCGCCCAGUUUUGAUGUACGGAGCAAAUGGCCCGGCUGCGUCAGUAUGCAAGAGAUCCGCGAUCAAGGUCACUGUGGUUCGUGCUGGGCGCAUGCUGGAGCAUCGGCACUGUCGGACCGCUACUGUAUUGCCAGUGGUAGUGCUAAUUCCUACCGGAAGUUGUCGGUGCAGGAUUUGAUUCUGUGCAGUGGAGGAGACAAUCAGAACUGGUGUGACGGAAAUGACCCCCGCGUCCCAUACGCCAUGGCGGUUAGUACCGGUAUUGUGACGGGUGGUGAUUAUCAAAGCUCCGCGGCUGAUCAGGGAUGUAUGCCGUAUGUCUCCUACACAACCGACGCCUCCAGCGCCACUUCCACUAGUCAGUGCACCAAAACCUGCGCCAACACCGCCAUUAACUACAGCCAAAAUAAAACCUACGGUUCUUCGUGGUAUGCGUUGGGGAACAACUUCGCCAACAACUCCGGCGGAGCAGCCGCAUCCAUCGCCACCACCGAUACGGUCAUCCAUCAAAUCCAGUAUGAACUGCAGACUAACGGCCCAAUGACCGUCGCCAUUGACGUUUACGAUGAUUUCUUCGCGUACCAAUCCGGAGUGUAUCAGCACGUAACCGGCAACUACUCCGGCGGACACGCCAUGAAACUCAUCGGCUGGGGAACGGAAAACGGCACCGACUACUGGCUGAUCGCCAACUCGUGGGGUUACAAGUGGGGCAUCAACGGCACCGUGAAAUUCCUGCGCGGCACGAAUCACCUCGGCAUCGAAGACUAUAUUGUGGCUGGGUUGGUCAGCCCCACCGCGACGGCGCCCAUUCAAAACAUUCCCUGUGACACGAACGGAUGUCAAGGCCGGGUGCGCUACGCCAUGACCUCGACUAAUAUCUGCUCGCAACAAUACUGUGCAUGCAGCUACCAGAACGGUCUGUGGAAUCCGUCGAAGAACGCGUACGACUGGGUGAAUGUCACCGCGCCCAAGGUGUUCACGUGUUCAGCCGGGCAGGCGUUUGAUUCGUCAGCCAGUGUCUUGGGUUGCGCCAGUACCAGCACCAUUGUGGCAUGCGGUGGCACCGCUUCUUCUGCGACGAAUGCGCCGGCUACCAUGACACCGUCGACAACGGUGACAACGACACACGCGACCACGCCCACCACGCCGGCGACCAAUGCCAACACGUCACCUAACAGUAACAGCAAUAGUAAUCCCAGUUCUCCGCCUAGCAGCCCCGCUCCACCCCCGUCCACCACCCAACAACCGGCACCCCUUGGUGGUCGCCCCACCGGCGGAUUCGACUGGUGUGACCGCACCUUCUGCGGUAAUAAGACCAACGGAAACUACGCCACCGCGCCCUGCAGUAUGAACUACUGCAGCUGCUCCAAUGGGAACGGGCAGUGGUUAGGUUGCGGCGGGGGAACGGUGUUCGACGGGAAUAUUCACUCGUGUGUGAACACGAACCCGACGUACUGUGGGCAGAAACCGCCGCAGAGCGGUGCUCCCCCGCCGACCAACACGGCGCCGGCACCGGCUCCGCAGGCGACGGCCAGUCUGUGCAAUGUCGCCAAUUGUCAACUGCGGGAUUUACCGAAUAACUGGUGGUUCUCCCUGGGACAGUGCAGUCAAUACUGGUGCUACUGCGAUAAGGGGAUGCAGCCGACGACCGCGAUGGGGGCUCGUCUGCAGACAUGCCCGUCUGGCCAGUUGUUCGACUUCCGGUCGGAGAUCAGUAACUGCAAGUCGGUUGGUCAGAUCCCAUACUGUUAGCUAAUUCGACCAAGACAUUUGCAGUAAGAAAAGCUCAAAAUACAGUGCUCUGUAGCAUGCACGUGUGUCUUUUCUAGUUAAAACUUUCCAUCUGACAACGUAAAUAAAUCUAUCAUCGAUUUUAAUUAAAAUAUUGACACAGAAGUUAUUAUUAGCCCACAAAACUAUUUCUGUAUAUUGUUGAAUCACGAUACAAGCGGCAUGUCUGUUACGUUAAGUUAUUUGACUAACAAGUAACAACUGCGGAAGGUCAGUCAUAAUAUGAAAUAUGUUAUGGUAGUAAAGCCUCUUCCCGCGUGAUAA